AUGGCACUUCUCACUCCGCCGCCUACGGUAGCGGAGACUGCAGGCUUCUUCAAGCCGUUCAUCUCAGACCCAGUCUACUAUGAAGACAUCUAUGGCACCCGCAACCCAGAUGGAGAGCUUGAAGAGCUUGAUGCCCCGGAUGAUUGCGAGUCUGAUUCGGACAGUGAGGAUGAGGAAGCUCUUUGGCAGGAAGGCGGCGGCUUUUCCAGCUUCCCGAGCACAUAUCCAAGCCCAGCUGAGCCGCAAAAGCCUGUCACUGAUCAGGAGGCCGUCUAUCCUGAUGACAAGGAGACGCGGUACAGGAUCGCGCCGAACAUCAAUGCGAAGACCUCCAUACCAGUUUCUUCAACCAAGAAGCUCGCCACCAGGAAGUUUGGAAUGUUUGCCACUUAUGACCCGCUCGACACUACUACGGUGUCUGGUGACGAGUCCGCAGACAUAAAGGAAGUCGUGGAAAGGCGUCGAAGACUUAAGACAAUGAGCACCAGUGACCACGGUAAAAGUGAUGCCUUCUCAUCAGGUUCGAGGAGCAGCCAGAGCGUGUCGGGCAACUCGUCAAAGACUCCAGCGCGCCAAAAGCGUAAGAGCAGAGUCGUUACCAUCGACCGGCCAAAGACUCGCCGCUUGAUCAAUCAAGAGAUCGCCCAGCACGCUCGUGAGCGGAAGGCAACUCUUCGAGCAGGUCGCACUCCUCAAGGACGACCAAAAGCAGCUGCGGUUGUUUCGCUUGCCAAAGAUCGCUCAAGUCAUCCGGUCGUGUUUGAGCGCUUCGGCGAGGACGGCGCUGGUAUCAACGGCAACUCUUCAACAACAGAUACAAGUAGCCAACGAGAGCCAUCUCAGCAUGCAAGAAAUGCCAGGGCCAGCCACCGCGGUGGAGAGGGACAGGCCGCGAAUGCGCCCAGCGACAAGAGCUUCCGAGAGAUUGGCAACCAAGAGUUCGAGGAGCUCGUGAAGCAGAAGCUAACGGUGAGGAUCGAUAACAGCAGCAUCGAGGUCGAUGAGUACACCAGAAACAACUAG